ACAGUCCCAAGAAGCCCAUAGCUGUGCCGCCCGUAGGCCAAAAAAAGCCCAAGCCGAAACGCAACUGGCGAGCAAACGGUGGGAGCCUUGGGAGUUGGGAAGUGAGGCAGCGUAUUGACUGUGCCGCCGAUGGAAGCCACCGCCGGCGGAUCACGCCGCCGUCCAACCCUCCUCCGCCUCCUCUGCCCGAAGAAGUCCCUCGUCUCCCCACCCACCCCUUCCCUCCGCUGGCUCCUCGGCUCCCCGCGCUUCCUCCCCCCUCUCACCGUCGCCGCCGCCCUCCGCUCCCUCCCCGACGGCGCCUCCUCCCCCGAUCUCCAGCGAGAAGCAGAGGAGAUCAGGGGAUUGCUCGUCAGGGGGUUCGACAUCGUGGGGGCGGUGCACGUCGGGAGCGCGGAUGCCGGCGGGGCGCUGGAGCUGGCCCGGGCGGUGAGGGAGAGGCUGUACGGGGAGAGGGCGAGCCAUGGCAUGGUCGGGGGCUGCGUGGAAUUGGGCACCGGGGAGAUUCGGUUUGUUGUUUCUGAGGGGGACGGGGUGGAGGCGGUGGAAGUGACGGAGGUUGUGUGGGAGGAUGAUCCCGGGAGGUUGCUGUGGGAGAAGGGAUGCCUUCUCCGCUGCGAGCUGCUGCUGAAGCUCCCGCUCUAUGUUCCUUCGGAUGAUACGUCUGGCAUUGAAGCAAGGUUUUAUUCACUCAUUGAAUCAACAGCUUCUAAGCUCAGAGAUCCUCAUGUUUCUUACCUAAUCGAAGGCCCACGAACAACUCCUGGUGAAUCACAUUAUUCUAUUAUCUUGCAUGGCAAUGAUCUGAAUUCUGUUCCCCAUUUAUCUCGAAAUGGAAGCACAGAGGAGUAUGAUGCAAAUAUUGUAUCUUGUUCAAAAUUCUUCCCAGCAAAGAGGAGCCUCUCAUUGACAAGAGAGAAUGCAGAUGCAAUUCAAAUAACCAUAUUGUCCAAUCAGUCAUUCAAUAGCUCAAAGGCUAGCACCCCAGCAGUUGAGUACUUUCCAGCACCUGCAUUGGCUAGCCUGAGAGCAAUCAACUUGAAGCUAGAUAUACUUUGCUACACUUCAGUAGAUUUCCCUGUAGCUGCUGCUGUGUCUGAGCUUGUUAUUCCAGGAUUAGCUGAUCAGCUGAGCAUUAUGAAGAAGGCUAUUGUAUCAGAGCUCACAACUCAACAACCCCAGCUUUCUCCGUACCAUUUUGUUCCUCCUGGACUGUUAAUCCCAGUAACAACUAUAUAUGACACAAGAUAUGGGGAGAUUGAGGAAAAGCAAAGUGAACUGAGAAGAAAUCUGCACUUACGGCUACAACUUCCCUUAGAUCGUCCUUUAUUACGAAUUUCAAAUGCACUAAAUUUUUCCAUAGGAGGGACAGAUAAGAAAGCAUCAAAAAGUGGUUCAUCAUUGCUUCGGGAUGUCCACAGAGAGAUUCCAUCUAGCGGUGUAUCUGGAGGAAUUAUAUCAUUGAUUGAUGGUUCCUAUGAGUACUACCAUUACCUUCAUGAUGGUAUUGAUGAUAAUGGAUGGGGAUGUGCUUAUCGUUCUCUACAAACUAUCAUGUCUUGGUACAGAUUGCAACAGUAUUCAUCUAUAAAUGUUCCAUCACACAGGGAGAUUCAGCAAGUCCUUGUUGAAAUCGGUGACAAGGAUCCAUCAUUUAUUGGAUCUCGAGAGUGGAUUGGAGCAAUUGAACUAAGCUUUGUCCUUGACAAACUGCUUGGAGUUAGUUGCAAGGUUAUUAAUGUGAGAUCUGGUGAUGAACUUCCUGAGAAAUGCAGAGAACUUGCAAUCCAUUUUGAAACCCAGGGAACUCCUGUGAUGAUUGGUGGUGGAGUCUUGGCUUACACCCUUUUAGGAGUUGACUACAACGAAUCCAGUGGUGAUUGUGCUUUUCUCAUCCUUGAUCCACACUAUACUGGUGCUGAUGAUCUCAAGAAGAUCGUGAAUGGUGGAUGGUGUGGGUGGAAGAAAUCCAUCGACAGCAAAGGCCGUAGCUUCUUCCUGAAAGACAAGUUCUACAACCUUCUGCUACCCCAAAGGCCUAAUAUGGUGUAAAAACUGCAUCGCUAUGACACCUCUAUGGAUCAAAGAGAGUGGUUUGUACAUCGCUAUGAAGAGAGCUUCUUGAUCAGUGUAAAAACUUGCUAAGCAAACUAUUUUUCGCUGUCGGAGCCUGGUUUGUACAUCUUAUCUUGCAUGGAGAAACUAGAGCUACAGUUGCCGGCAUGUUCGUGAUCUCAUUGAUGUUUUAGUUUGAACUUUAUGUUUCUUUGUGGUCA